GCCACCAUAGUUCCGCGUUUUAACAACACCUUAUCAUUUUGGCCAUUAUUGAUCAACUGUGUAUCGAUUUUCUUCUCGCUUUUCAGAACAACCGUUGACGUUCUUCAAAGUAAACAACUAUAUUUCAAAGUUUGGAUAUCUAUUGAUAUGUCGGACCAAAUUGGCAGCGUUUACUAUAUUCUUCUUGCCGAUAAAAUAGGAAAGAAGAAAAAGAGGGGAAUCUUACGGACGACAUCUAAAGUUGACGUGUUACCCGGAACUCUACUGUUUCGAACAGAAGAUCGAUUUGAUAAACAGACGAACAUUCUGUGGUGGAUAUUAGGGACUUCAGACCAAGAAAAUAUUGAAAUCGAGUGUCAGCCGACGGAUACUAGACAACUGAGCAAGACGGAGUUUGCCCUUCUUCAACCGAUUCCCGUUUGUGAAGAACGUCUGUCCAUUUUUCAAGACCAAAAAUGGCUGAAAGAGGGGGCACAACUCCAAAUUAAUGACCAUGUGACAGUAGCCGUGAAGGGACAACCUUAUUUGAAGGGGAUAAUUAAGUACAAAGGAGAAUUACCCAGAGUGAAGGGGAUUCAAUUCGGAAUAGAACUACUUGGGGAGAGUAAAGGGAAGGGGACUUGUGAUGGAGUGUUCAGAAAGAAACGUUUCUUCACCUGUGACCAAAACUGUGGUAUUUUUGCUACAAUUCAAAAGGUUCGGAGAAACCCCGAUGUUCCGAAUCGCCGUCAGUGCUCUGACCGAUCCAUUCCCAUCCACAAUGAUUCUCCCUUGUAUCAAAAGAAGCAAAAGUUGAUUGAAGAGUCCGGGCUGAAGGAGAAGGACAGAAUCGUGUGGAAUAGUGACAAUGGUCCGGAGUUUGGGGAGGUCAAAUGGAUUGGGAUUCUGCCGGACAGCAAAAGAAUGGAAAUUACCGUAGUAGUAGAAUUUGACAAUCCAGUUGGAUCAGGUACUGGAAAGUACAAAAAUCACAGACUGUUUUUUGCAAAACAUUGCCAUGCAUCAUUAGUUCCCAUAAUGGCUCUAAUGAAGGCUAGUGUGUACCUGGAAAUGAACCAAUGGACAGGACCCUUAAACGACUUCAUCUUGACAAGCGAUCCGCCCUGUUCUCAAAAACCGUACCAGGUUUGGAACUAUGACAAAACUGUGGGGAGAAUAAUAAGUGCCUCAAAGCUUGAGGAACUGCAAUUGAAAGCAAAGGAAAAAUUUGACAUUAGCACCAACGUUAAGCUUGUCCUAGAAAAUGGGUGUAUAAUUGAUGAUGAAGAGGCCUUCCAAAUACUUCAGGGUAGUGUUAGUACAGUGUUUUGCCUUAAAGAAGGUGAAAGUCUGUCAUUUGCAGGACCAUCCACUCAAUCUUCCGCAUCAGCUGGUGAUUCCAGUCAUUGCUUACAUCUAGUGCAACACACAAGAAAUAAACGAACUUCAACUAUUAGAUUUCCUCAGGUGCCUGAAUGCAUAAUAUGUGAAGAGAGAUUCUCCGACACAUUUUUCAUCCCAUGUGGACAUAUCGCCUGCACAGUUUGUGCAGCAGAGUUGACCAAGAGAGGAAAACAAUGUCACAUUUGCAGAGGAAUUUUCACUUCAACCUCCAAAUUGUUUUUUUUGAUAUUUAUACCCAGUCAUUGUUUUUGUUUUUGACACUUAUUUGAUUGCUAAGUAAUGGACAACUUUUGUUUUAAACACUUUUGUAAAUUUAAGUAGCAUAAAAUUCGACCUCCUGUAUGUUUCAGUAGCAGAAAACUAAUGAGUUGUUGACCAUGGUUAGUGGAGAUUUCUUAUUUGUAAACUGAUCCUUUUUUAAUUGGUCUGCCUGUUAUUAGCAUUUUAAAAAUGUUUUAAGGUUUUGUGCAGUAGAAAACUAUUGUAUAUAUAGAGUGAGGUCAAACUAAUAUUUACCAUUUAUAAUUCAUUGUCAGGAAGAACAUUUAGCAUGUUUUAAAAGGUUUGACACUAGCCAGGAUUUGCGGAUCUGUAUGUUAGAUGGUAAAAAAAUAGACAUGCCUAGAGUUUAUUUUUUUUUAUAAAUCCGUUGAGGAAAAAUUACACGGAUGAUCAGGAAGAGACGAGUUUUGAUAAAAUUGUAAAAUAAAACUAAUUGUCGUUUUUAUUCUGAUUACCGUUUCAAUCCAGUUCACACUAUCGGACAUCUGCUAAUCUGUACCGUUAGAUUCAUUUGACCAAAAUACGUUGGCAUUUGGAGUUCUAAAUGCUAAAAUGCAAGGAUUUAACAUUUUCUAUUUCUAAAUAUGUAAGUAUAAAAUUAUUAAGUAAAGAACACUUAACUCUCACCUCUUGACAGCCGACUAAGUAUUGCUUAAGCACUUUUCUAAUUAUGGACUUGAGUCGUAAGAAUGUACUGAAUUCUUGAAUUUUUUACGGUAUAUUGAACCAAUAUAAACAAAACCAUGGCACGAGACUUCUUUAUAUAACGACGAGUUGUGAGCUCUGUAACUUCCUUUAACUCUACAACUGAUUCUGAAAUUUAGGUCGAUCAUUAAAAACGCCUUACAAAAGCAUUGUAAACAACAAAAUUAGAAAAAAACAAAUAAGACCAAAAUCGUAAGCAUGUCAGUUUAAGCACAGUUUUUGGGAGUUGAUUUAAUCAACUCUCCGAUGCAGUUACUCAGACAAACCGAAAGUGAAACAGUGUUUGGACC